AUGGCAACCGACGUGGUGGAUGACCGGGAGAUGAGGGAGGCGCAGAGGGACUACCUGGACUUCCUGGACGACGACCAAGACCAGGGAGUUUACCAGAGCAAAGUCCGGGACAUGAUCAGCGAGAACAAAGCUCGACUCAUCGUCAACAUCAACGACCUGAGGAGGAAGAACGAGGCCCGGGCUGCCAAACUGAUGAGCAAUGCCUUUGAGGAGCUGCUGGCGUUCCAGCGCGCUCUGAAGGACCUGGUGGCCUCGGUGGACGCCACCUACGCCAAGCAGUACGAGGAGUUCUACGUGGGCCUGGAGGGCAGCUUCGGCACCAAGCACGUCACCCCUCGCACCCUGACCUCCCGCCUGCUGGGCAGCAUGGUGUGUGUGGAGGGCAUCAUCACCAAAUGUUCUCUGGUGCGUCCUAAAGUGGUGCGCAGCGUCCACUACUGUCCCGCCACCAAGAAGACGAUGGAGAGGAAAUACACCGACAUGACCUCACUGGAUGCUUUUCCCUCCAGCGCCAUCUACCCCACCAAGGACGAGGAGAACAACCCUCUGGAGACAGAGUUUGGGCUCUCCGUCUACAAGGACCACCAGACCAUUACAGUGCAGGAGAUGCCAGAGAAAGCCCCGGCUGGACAGCUGCCUCGCUCUGUGGACAUCAUCCUGGACAACGACCUGGUGGACGUGGUCAAACCCGGAGACAGAAUCCAGGUCAUCGGAACGUACCGCUGCCUGCCCGGAAAGAAGGGAGGGUUCACCUCCGGCACGUUCAGAACCAUCAUGAUCGCCUGCCACGUGAAACAGAUGAGCAAGGAAGUGUCUCCGUACUUCUCAGCAGAUGACGUCGCCAAAAUCAGGAACUUCAGCAAGACUCGCUCCAUGGAUGUGUUCGACCAGCUGUCUCGCUCACUGGCUCCCAGUAUCCACGGCCACGAGUACAUCAAGAAGGCCAUCCUCUGCAUGUUGCUGGGCGGCGUGGAGAAGGUUCUGGAGAACGGAUCACGUAUCAGAGGAGACAUCAACAUCCUGCUGAUCGGCGAUCCAUCGGUAGCAAAGUCCCAGCUGCUGCGUUACGUGCUCCACACGGCGCCCAGGGCGAUCCCCACCACCGGGCGAGGCUCGUCUGGAGUGGGUCUGACUGCUGCCGUCACCACCGACCAGGAGACCGGCGAGCGUCGUCUGGAGGCAGGCGCCAUGGUUCUGGCUGACCGCGGCGUGGUGUGCAUCGACGAGUUUGACAAAAUGUCCGACAUGGACCGCACGGCCAUCCACGAGGUGAUGGAGCAGGGCCGCGUUACCAUCGCCAAGGCCGGCAUCCACGCCCGCCUCAACGCCCGCUGCUCCGUGCUGGCGGCUGCCAACCCGGUCUACGGCAGGUACGACCAGUAUAAAACCCCCAUGGAGAACAUCGGCCUCCAGGACUCCCUGCUGUCCCGUUUUGACCUCCUGUUUAUCGUGCUGGAUCAGAUGGAUCCCGAGCAGGACCGCGAGAUCUCGGAUCACGUGCUGAGGAUGCACCGCUACCGUGACCCCCGUGAGCAGGAGGGAGCAGCCAUGGCUCUGGGUGGGACAGUCGACAUCCUGGCCACAGACGACCCAGACGCUGUUGCAGAAGAGCACGAGGAGCUGCAGAUCUACGAGAAACACAACAACCUGCUGCAUGGAAGCAAGAGAAAGAAGGAUAAGAUUGUGAGUAAGGAGUUCAUGCGGAAGUACAUCCACAUCGCCAAAGCUGUGACACCCGUGCUGACAGAGGAGGCAGCCAAUCACAUCGCAGAAGAGUACUCGAGACUGAGGAGCCAGGAGCAGAUGGGUGCUGACAUCGCCAGGACCUCUCCUGUGACAGCCCGAACGCUGGAGACUCUGAUCCGUCUGUCCACGGCACAUGCCAAGGCCCGAAUGAGCAAAGCCAUCGAGCUGGAGGACUCAGAAGUGGCCGUGGAGCUCGUCCAGUUUGCCUACUUUAAAAAGGUUCUGGAGAAAGAGAAGAAACGCUCACGAAAAGAGAGGGACUCUGGCUCAGAGGGCGAGGAGGAAGAGUCGGCCACUGAGCCUUCACAGAAGUCUGCGAGGAAGAGGGGGCGGCGUGGCUCUCAGGGCAGCGAGCCCUACAGCCCGUAUGACUUCAGCGAGGAGCAGAACGUCCCCGAGCUUCAGGCUGGCAUCCCGAAACCAUCCAAGCCACGUCAGGAGGAGGAGGAGGAGGAGGAGGCGAUGGAUGCCACGUCACAGGCUGAAGCCUCCGACCUCUCUGCAGAGAGGCUGAAGGAGUUCAAGUCGUCGCUGUUCGCCGUCUUCCAGUCGGCUCACGCUCAGUCGGUGAAGAUGAACACUCUGAUGGACGACAUCAACAAGGAGCGUGAGAAGCGAUUCUCAGAGCCGGAGGUCCGGUCCGCUCUGAGGCGCAUGCAGGACGACAACCAGGUCAUGGUGGCCGACGACAUCAUCUUCCUCAUCUGAGGGAGGCGAGGAAGACGACUGUUUGAUGUCACGGACUCUGAAAGAAGCGCUGGUUUAUUCUCACAUGUACAGACUGGACGCCUCAUCUGGAUUCAGUUGUUGAUGGAUUUGGAUCCAUUAUUAUGUUUAUUGUUCAUCAGCAGCAGAGAAACGGUCCAGUUUAAAUCUGUUCUGCUGCGGUCGUGUUGCUUCUGAUGUCCUUAUAACUGUAUGAGAGCAGAUCUGUUGGUGUAACUCAACUGUUCUGUUCAGCAGUGAAACUUUAAGGACGUUACUAAGUAGCUCCACCAACACUUUGUGUAUAUAGAUAAAGAUGUUUUGAAAUGUAAGUGUAGUUGUGUAUUAAAAAAUAAAAUGUAAUGCUGGGA